ACGAAAAGUGUGCAGAUAGCCUAAGUAAAUAAAAAAGUUUAUUCCAAACGUUCAGCUGUUGGGCAUAGUAACCAUGAACGCAUAUAUGUCACCUUCUGGUAGAAUUUUUGAGCCACAAACUAUAAGUCCUCGUAUACCUGAAGAACAGAACCAUCGAUGUUUAGAAAAAAUGCAAAAACAUCGAUGCAUCGAUAGUGCCACGAUGUUUUUCCCAGUUCUAAUGGGAAUCGCACGCUGGUCGCAACUGUUCCUCGCUGAUCUUUCUGUGCUGCCAAGUCAUGAAACGAGCUUAUCUUAUUAUCUAUGGAUAAUAUCGAUAAUAAUAUCCAUGAUGGUACUUUGAGAAUUUGGAUUUCGCAGGGAUCAUAUAUGUAAUUAUAAAUUGUAAAUAAACAAGUAGGACAGAAUGUUAAAUAAAGUUAAUACAUUGAUUAUGCUUAAGAAAGCGCGUACGUUUAGUACUCUAUUUGGUAGUAAAUCCUAUUUUAUACCAGCGCUGUUGGCAAAAAGGCAAAGUUCAUCGUCACACUCCACUUUAAAAGAGGGAAAUCCCCCAAGGCAUUUUGAAGAAAUUGCAAUUCCAGUACCGUGGGGUCAUCUUUCUGGAAAAUGGUAUGGACCUACAAAUGUUCGGCCAAUAAUUGGUUUACACGGUUGGCUGGAUAAUGCGGGUACUUUCGAUACAUUAGCGCCGCUGUUACCUCAGCAUAUUGGUUUUCUGUGUUUGGAUUUACCCGGCCAUGGUCGUUCUUCAUGGCUUCCUUUCGGCAUGUCUUACCACUCUAUUGAUUACGUAACCUUACUGUUGCGAGUUAUGAAUUUUUAUGGAUGGGAAAAAAUAUCCAUGAUAUGCCAUUCUAUGAGUUCGAUAAAUGGAUUCGUUUUUAGCGCAUUGUUUCCGGAAAAAACUGACAUCAUGGUUGGUUUGGAUAAUCUUAAAACAAUAACGCGAAGCGGUGCCCAAAUUGUGGAUACGUACAAAAAAAACUUGCAAGAUUUAAUGGUUUACGAAAACCGCGCAAGCGAUUCGUAUCCGCCUUGUUAUAAGUGGCAUGAAUUGGUGGACCGUUUACACCAUGGCACAAACAAAUCUGUGUGUAGGGAAAAGUGCAAAUAUUUAUUGAAUCGCGCAGUGCAACCUUCUGAGCAUGAGCCAAAAAAGUAUUACUUUUCAAGAGAUAAUCGAUUGAAAAAGGCGUUUUUCUAUGGUUUUAGUAAUGAUGUACCUAUAGAUAUGGCCCGGAGAAUAACCUCUCCUUACCUGUUCAUCAAAGCGUUAAAUUCUACGUAUUACGAGCCUCGAAAGUAUUUUGAUGAGACCUUGGAUAUCAUGCAGAAAAACCCUGCUUUUGAGUACCACGAGGUUACAGGAACUCAUCAUGUUCAUUUAAAUGAACCCGAAAAAGUGGCUCCAAUUAUAAAUUCCUUCAUCAACAAAUGGAGACCUACAUAGGCAGUCACAGAGACUACAUACUUGCUAUGAGCUACUGUUGUGAAGGUGUAAGAUGUCGUGACAGCAUAUGCUAAAUCAAAAGAAUUUCAUUUGAAAGAAAAAUUAAAAAUUUAUU